CAAAUUUUUUUAUUUGAAAAUGUGAAAUAUGUCUGCAAAUUUACAGGAUUUUGAAGAAAUUGUGUCAGACAGUGAGCAGAAUUUAUUACAGCAAGACCCUGUAAACGAAAGAGGUAUAUUUUAAUUAUUGAAUAUUGUCUUUUUAUAAAUAUAAACAAUUGGUAUAUUUUUUAUAUAUUUUAAUAAACAUGCAGCACAUGCUUACUGUAAUUAUGAAUCAUAGCAAGUUACAGCAUGCUCAUAUAGUUUGUGUAAAUUUAUUUAUUAAUAGACGAGCUUGCUCUGUCCCAAGCUGCUGUGUUUAUUGAAGAUGCGUUUAAGGUAUAGUAGCCGACAAUUUAUACGACGAAUUAACGUGUUUUGCCAAAUUUUUCAUGUUAUUUUAAUAUUUAUAAUAAAUAACUUCAAAGCUGUGGUCAAGUCUGUUCUGUGCAUGUGCUCUGUGAGGAUCCUCUGAUGUAAACAGUACCCAAAUUUAGGGUUGUUUUGAUUUUAUAAAUAUGGUGUUUUCAAAAUGUAAACAAACUCCACAUCCGCUGAAUCAGCCUGAAUGGACUUGACCGCUUCUGUGAUAUUGUGUUUAUAUAUACCGGUUUUCGCUACAUAUAAGGGAUAACUGUCACAGAACCUCUAUAGGGAGAACAGUUUAGAACUUAUAGAGCUAUCCAGUAUAAAUAAAGUCAGUGUAGUUCAGGUUUCCUCCUGUAGUAACACUGGAUCAAUAAGAGAUGAUCCUUACUGGACCUCUAAGGUGAACAGUUUAGAACUGGUAGGGCUACCAGGUAUAAAUAAAGUUAGUUUAGUUUUUCUGUUUCCUCCUGUAGUAACACUGGAUCAAUAUUAGAACACUCCUACUAGACGUCAAGAGAGAAAUAGGGAUGAGCCGGUCAAGAAAAACUGAAUCUACUGAUCUGAUAAAUUCUGAUCUGAUUUAUACCAUCUGAUUGAUUAUCAAUAUUUGUUGACAGAUCAGUAACAGUGAUGUCAUUACGAUAGUCGAGCAUUGAAUUUGCUCAAUUUAGCAAUCAGUUUAUUUCGGAAAAGUAUCCCGGUAAAUGACUAGUAAAUCUGACAGUUCCUCUGUGGAAAAGAAUCUGUCCGACAAACCUGCACAUUUGUUCUUGACAAAGAAAAGGAAAUAUCAUAAACAAAAGCCAAAAUUAUAUUUAUUGGACUGCCAAUACAUGUCCAUAUUAUCAGUGAUGUAAGUACUCGUUACUAAAGUAACGGGUUACUAAUUACUAAUUACUUUUUGGGUAAUUUUUCGUUAAUUAAUUACUUUUUGCACCAAAGUAAUUUGUAACGUAAUCAAUUACUUUUUGAAGGUAACGAGUAACAUUUUAAAGAAUGUAAUUUGCGUUACUUUUGGGCACUUUUAUUAUUUUCCAAAAAACGACGAUGACGAUGAAUUUCUCAAGUCAAAGAAGAAGGCAACCAAAUCGCCUUUAGAUACCUGCUUGGCUUUAAACAUUAUUGAUGCCACAGUUUACAAUGGACACUGUGCUGCACCUUUGAAGCAAAUGGCUUUGAAGUUAAACACCGUAUUGCCUGCAAGUGCAGCUGUUGAACGUCUUCUCAGCUGUGGAGGCUUGAUCAUGCGCCCGCACCGAAAUCGGUUAACUGGUGACCAUUUUGAGUCGGCACUACUCUUAAAGCUGAACUCCAAAUUUAAUACCAUUGCAUGAGUCUUAACUCUUAACUUUGGAACUGCCUUUUGAAUUAACAUUUUGUUGUUGUUUAAGUCCAUGAGAACUUGAAAGUAAUUUCAAAGUAAUUAGUAAUUAAUUACUUUUCAAAAAUGUAAUUAGUAAUCGGUCAUUAUUUACAUUUGAGAGACAGUAAUAAGUAAUUAGUAAUAAUUACUUUUUUGGAGAAGUAAUUGUAAUUUUACUUGUUACUUUUUUUUGGUAAUUUUCACAUCACUGCAUAUUAUCGGCUGAUAACUGAUCUGCCUGAAAGUUGUCGAAUAUUAUUGGCUCAUCCCUUGAAAGAACAGUUUAGAACUGAUAGAGCCGUCCAGUUAAAUAGAGAUUUUCUGUUUUAAGUACCGAUCAAUACAUCACAAGAUUGAUGCAAGCUCCCUUAGAUUAUACAAGAUUUAUUACUCCAAUUCAUUUCAGUGGUGAGCAUCUUGUUACAGUCAGCAUUUCAAAAGCAUUUCUGUAACCCAUCUGUUGUUCUCCCUUCCCCAUCAAACAUCUUACGUUCCAUCCGCUUUUCACUUUUUUCCAACUUACCUCAUCUCAUUACCUUCCCCCACUCUGACCUCCCUCUUUUCCAUACCUUCCAUCCUCUUCUUCCCCUUUCUAUCUUUCCAAUAUAACUCACCUCUCCCCACCCAUACCUUUCCCCUUCCUCCCCAUUUCUCUAUCUCCAUAUCCAACUUACCCCACCACAUUACCUUUCCCCACUCUGACCUCCCUCUUUUCCACACCUUCUUCCAUCCUCUUCUCUCCCUUUCUAUCUUUCCAAUAUAACCCCCCUCUCCCCACCCAUAUCUCCCCCUUCCUCCCCAUUUCUCUAUCUUCAUAUCCAACUUACUCCACCACAUUACCUUCCCCCACUCUAACCUCCCCCUUUCCCAUACCUUGUAUCCCUCGAUAUCUCCUUCCAAUAUAAUCUCCCUCUCUUUCCAUUCCCCAUCCUCCCCAUUCAUCUAUCUCCAUAUCCAACUUACCCCACCUCAUUUCCUUCCCCACCUAACCUGCCCUCCUCCCCUAUCCUCCAUAUCUCCUUCCAAUAUAGUCCCCCUCUCUUUCCAACCGCCCAUUCCCCAUCCUCCCCAUUCAUCUAUCUCCAUAUCCAACUUCCCCACCUUAACCUGCCCUCCUCCCCCAUCCUCCAUAUCUCCUUCCAAUAUAAUCCCCCUCUCCCCACCCACACUUUUCUCCCCCUUCCUGUCCAUUCCUUCAUCUCCAUAUCCAACUUACCCCACUUCAUUUCCUUCCCCCACCCUAACCUCCCCCUUUGCCAUACCCUUCUUCCACCUCAUCCUUUUCCCAUUCUUCUUCAUUAUCAGGGUUGAAUUUCAUACAAACCUUGAAAGUCCUUGAAUAUCCUCAUUCAUCCAUUUCAUUUUCCAAUCUUAGGAGUCUGGGUGUCGUGAUUUUCAUCAAUUUAUGUUUGGCAUUUGUUGAGCCUCCUUCGUCUCUUUCGUGAGUAUGAAUGUGCUUCGGUUUUCAUAUUGUUGUAUCGGUUGGAGUCAACUUGUUUGCUCUACUAUUAUUGUCGAUUUCAAGUCAACAGGGACGCCGGAACGAUAAUAAGGCAAAGGGGGGCGGACGCACACCAAGGGCACCUCUAUAGAGCAAAACUUCAAAAUCUACCGGAAAAGGGGGUCAAAAAGGGGUCAAAAAUUUUUUCAGGACAUACCAAAAUUUUCCGUGAAGUCAAAAAUUUUUCCCCAUAUCUUACAUUUUCGCCAUUUCUUCAAAAUAUUUUUCUAAAUUCCAAAAAUUUUCAAAAUUUUUUAUAAAUAUAAACUAUAAAUUACCUGAAUCUCAUGAUUUUCCUACAAAAACCAUCGUUGGAAAUGUGAUUUAUCACGUAGUAUUUUACAACUAAAAGGGCACUUCUGCCCCCCCUGCCCCCCUAGCAAAAGGCAAGGGGGGCAGCCGCCCCCCUGCCCCCCCCCCCCAGUUCCAGCGUCCCUGCAAGUCAAUUUUCAACGCGCGGGUCCCAAGUUCGUUGCAAACUUGCCAAGUACGUUUCCAAGUUCGAAAAUUAGGCGUGAACUUCGCAAAAAAAGUUCGCAAGUUCAUUUCAAUGUUUGAACUGCUAUUGUAAACAAAUGUUCAAAGUUCAAGUUGAAAUUACUGUAUUAACAAUUCAAUGGGAAGUUCUUGGUCCAGUGGCCUACCAAGAACUUUGUUUUGAAGUUCACGCCCAAUACUCAAUAGACCUUUCCCCUUACAAGUGAAAUUUUGAUCUAGAUAUGCCUGGACAAAAAUUUCAUCACAGCUUGAAAGAGCAUCACAAAGUGAGUAAUAUUCCGAAGUUUCGUUGCGAAAUGUUGUAAAAUGCGGAUAAUAUAGCCUUGCGAGGUUUGCCGUUUUUCAGUCAUUUUGCAUUACAAACGGGAAAUUGAUAAUCAGAUGAUCAAACUGAUUAUCAAUUUCCCAUUUGUAAUAAAAAAAAUGACUGAAAAACGGCAAACUUCGCAAGGCUAUAUUAUCCGCAUUUUACAACAUUUCACAACGAAACUUCGGAAUAUUACUAAUUUGUGAUGCUCUUUCAAGCUGUGAUGAAAUUUUUGUCCAGACUUGUCUAGAUCACAAUUUCACUCGAAAGGGGAAAGGUCUAUUACUCUAUUUCCGAACUUGGAAACGUAAUUGGCAAGUUUGCAACGAACUUGGCACCGUGCGCUGAAAAGUGACUUGAAAUUGACAAUUAUAACUGUACAUAUUUGAUUCACUUGAAACCAGAUGGUCAUCAGAUCCGCGACAUGGUUUCCACAACAAGAGAGUGAACGUUCCCUGUGGUGUGACAGAAAGUAUUGAACUUGCUUGCGUGCUCUUUUACAUUGUCGAUCUAGGACUCAAGGUAUGAGCAGAGAGGAAAAAAAGUGCUUCAGAAAUGCGUUGCGAUGUCGUACGAUUUUCCAUGUCCAAGUUUUGCCCAAUUUUAAUGUAGGAAAUUGUAAUGUUUCGCUAGCGUUUAUCGCAGCCCUUCAGGUAUCCGUUUGAAGUCCUGGCUAAUAAUAAUUUGGGUAUGACCAAUACUGUUUUGCUCUACUGAGACUCCAGCUAUUAAUUGAUGAGCGAAGCGAGUAUGCAAAGAAUGGAAGGUCGAAGCUUCAGGAGCGCUGUGAGUUGAGUGGUGGGCAAAGGCUUGACAGUUCUUAUCUAGUUGACAAUUCUUAUCUUAUCUAGUUUUCAAAGCGCAAGCCUUGACAGUUCUUGAAUUUAUAAAGAUGUGCUUGAAGUCCUUGAAAUCUUGUUGCUUUAGUUUUUGGAUAUUUUCUGAAAUUUGUUUUCUGACAUUUUUUAAUUGAUUUUCUCAUGUCUUACAAAGCUCUUUCAAACUUCGUUGAAGUUGCUAUUUAAAAAUUUUACUGUCACUGUUCACUCACUUCUGACGCCUUAUUUUCAGCCAAAUUAGUUUCAGUAAAUUUCCUGAUAUCUGUACGAUCUAUACGAACUGUGUUUUGAACUUUUUAGAUGGUUUUAUUUGGCAAAAAGCAGGUUUACAAAAGCAAAUGGCUUUGGGGAUAUGUGCUUGUCUUGGCUAUUUCCAUUGUUGAUUGGCUAGUCAGUGUUACUUUGGGCUGUAAUGAGGUGAAAAGAAUUGCUAUUUUCAUCAGUAUAUUUAGUAGCUAUUCACCUACACAUGCCGUAAAAAUCUCACAACUUGUCAACAAGAUUUGUUCGCAACAGGAUUGUCCACACGGCAAAACGCACAAGUUGUUACAGGUCUGCAAACAAGUUGUUACAAAUCUGUUCACAAGCUGUCGACAAGUUGUGUUCGCACUGCUUGUUCCCAGUUGUUGUAAUAAGUUUGGAACAAGCUGUUAACAACUUGUAGCAAGCUUGAUGGCAUUAUCAGACUUGUUACAAGGUUGUUCUAACAAGUCUGAUACAGUCAUGAUAUACCAAGAAUGCCACAAGGUUGUAACAAUAUUGUUACAUCAUGACUGUAUCGGACUUGUUGGAACAACCUUGCAAAACCUCUGAUAAUAUCAUCAAGGUUGUUACAAGUUGUUAACAGUUUGUUUCAAACUUUUUCUGUGUUGGUGUUGUGUACUCAGGUGAAUAUGAUAUUUGUGGUGCUACUCUGAGUGUAUAUCCACACCGGGCGAGCUUGAAAAAUAUGCCCGGCCACGGUGGGAUUCGAACCUACGACCUUUGGAAUACUAGCCCAAUGCUUUUCCAACUGAGCUACGCGGUCAGGACGGUUCGAGUAAGUGAUAUUUCGGAACAGAAUCUAGUUCCUUCGAUACCAAUGUAUUCUAGUAAUAUGAUUUUUUUCUGUGUUGGUGUUGUGUACUCAGGUGAAUAUGAUAUUUGUGAUGUUACUCUGAGUGUAUAUCCACACCGGGCGAGCUUGAAAAAUAUGCCCGGCCACGGUGGGAUUCGAACCUAGGACCUUUGGAAUACUAGCCCAAAACCUUACUCGAACCGUCCUGACCGUGUAGCUCAGUUGGAAGAGCAUUGGGCUAGUAUUCCAAAGGUCAUAGGUUCGAAUCCCACCGUGGCCGGGCAUAUUUUUCAAGCUCGCCCGGUGUGGAUAUACACUCAGAGUAACACCACAAAUAUCAUUGUUUCAAACUUGUUGACAACUUUGGACAAGCAGUGCGAACACAACUUAUUGACGGCUUGUUGGCAGACUUCCUACAAGAUGUGAGAUUUUUACGUUUGUAGCAAGCUUGUCAACAAGUUGUAACAAUGCCGAAACCUGGGUAUCUUAAACUCACUAAUAAGGCAAAAUCGGCCCGAUACCGAGUAUCGGUCAACACUAAAAAAUUGCGCCGUGAAACUUUAAGAAUUAUGUACUGUAUACCUUCAAUAUUUUUGUUCACUUUUCAGAUCUACCGCUUUCGUCGUCUAUUGCGUCCGUAUUUUCUCCUACAAAGUUCAUCGCUAAUGAAAAAAACUGUAAGUUACUUGUGGUGGUAAAUUAAUUCGUAAGCGAGAUCUUAAAAGCCUACUUUUGCAUAAUCAUGCAUGGAUUUAAAUUAUGUUUGAUUUAGGUUAGGGCCAUUGGAAGAACUGUCCCACAGAUUUUAAGGUUGGUAUAGAAAUUUACUGUAUCUAUUUUAUAAUUUAUGAAUAAGUUUAUAAUUAAUAUAUCCAACAAAAUAUUAAAAGGGUUGCCUGUUAAGCCAAAAUACCUAGCUGUGUAACACAUUGUACAUUUGCACAUAUAAAAGCGGUGCAUUGCAACGAGUUGAACUUUGAUAUUUUCAAUAAUAUUUUUUAACAAUGAUAUUCUCUUUCAGUGUGUUUUUUCUGCUGUUUUUACAUCUGGUAAUCUUCACUUUUCUUGGAAUGUUGCUGCUGUCAACUUCCGAGGUACAAGCUAACUUUAUUGAUACUGGAUAGCUCCGUUAGUAGAGACUGUUCUAUGCGGAGGUCUAGUUUAAAGGCACAUGGUUCAGCCUUUUGAAUGAUGGUAUUUAAGGCGCAUUUCAGCCCUUUUAAUUGAAAAAACUAACUAGGAAAAUCAAAUUAAAAGCACAAUUGAAGAUCAGCAAACUUAAUGUUUUUAACAUUUUAAAACAUUUUUAAUAUUAAAAACAUUGAUCUGCAGGAUGCGAUAAUUCGCGUACUUACGUACCGGAGGUACGCCAAUAUUACUGUCUGGUACUUCUUUGUUUUCAGCCACGUACCACGUGUAGGUACGCGGAACUCUUGCUAUCUGCGUACUUAUUUUUUGCUGGUACCACAUGACCUUUCCAAACCCAAGGUAUUCAAUACCGUAAUUUAGUUGCUAUAUCAUGUGUCUGAGAUGUCUUGACAUGAAACAUGAUUGCACUGAUGGCACUAAGAAACGUUGGAGUCGGUUGUUUGAAAUAGCAAAACCCCGUUUUUAAAUAGCAAAACACCCUUUUCAAAUAGCAAAACUCCCUUUUCAAAUAGCAAAACUCCCUUUUCAAAUAGAGAACUCCCUUUUCAAAUAGCAAAACUCUGUUUUCAAAUAGCAAGACUCCCGUUUCAAAUAGCAAAACUCCCUUUUCAAGUAGCAAAACUCCCUUUUCAAAUAGCAAAACACCCUUUUCAAAUAGCAAAACUCCCUUUUCAAGUAGCAAAACUCCCUUUUCAAGUAGCAAAACACCCUUUUCAAAUAGCAAAACUCCCUUCUCAAAUAGCAAUACUCCCUUUUCAAAUGGCAAAACUCCCUUUUCAAAUAGCAAAACACCCUUUUCAAAUAGCAAAACUCUGUUUUCAAAUAGCAAAACUCCCUUUUCAAAUAGCAAAACUCCCUUUUCAAAUAGAGAACUCCGUUUUCAAAUAACAAAACUUUGUUUUCAAAUAGCAAAACUCCCGUUUCAAAUAGCAAAACUCCCUUUUCAAGUAGCAAAACUCCCUUUUCAAAUAGCAAAACACCCUUUUCAAAUAGCAAAACUCCCUUUUCAAGUAGCAAAACUCCCUUUUCGAAUAGCAAAAUACCCUUUUCAAAUAGCAAAACACCCUUUUCAAGUAGCAAAACUCCCUUUUCAAGUAGCAAAACUCCCUUUUCAAAUAGCAAAACACCCUUUUCAAAUAGCAAAACUCUGUUUUCAAAUAGCAAAACUCCCGUUUCAAAUAGCAAAACUACUUAUUUUUUGCUGGUACCACAUGACCUUUCCAAACCCAAGGUAUUCAAUACCGUAAUUUAGUUGCUAUAUCAUGUGUCUGAGAUGUCUUGACAUGAAACAUGAUUGCACUGAUGGCACUAAGAAUAGCAAAACUCCCUUCUCAAAUAGCAAUACUCCCUUUUCAAAUGGCAAAACUCCCUUUUCAAAUAGCAAAACACCCUUUUCAAAUAGCAAAACUCCCUUUUCAAAUAGCAAAACUCUGUUUGCUAUCUCGUAGUCUGAACAUACUUUUCAGAAACCUGUACUUUAUGAACCUUAUUUUUAAAGACUAAGUACACAUUGAACAUUGAGCAUUGAGUUUGUUCUAGCGCAAGUACGCGGCAACAACCAUUGGCGUACCAGUCAAGUACGACUAGAAAUCUUGAAUGAUCAGGUACGACUAGAAAUCUUGAAUGAUCGUACCCUGAUACAGAUCGGAUGCGAAUGGAUUGAAAAAAUUGAUUAUCUAGUCAUAGAGAUGACAGACACAAUCUAAAUACUGAACCUGGCGUUUUUAGGUCGCUGUUACCAAUGUUAUGUCAAAUCAUACAAAUACGUCAACCAAUGGGGUACGUUACAAAAUUCUUUAUAAAUUUGUGAAGAUGGAAAUGUUUUUGGACGGUCUUUACCGUAAAUUACCAUACAGUGUAUCCUGAAAAAUAUUCAUUAACUUUUACCUUCAGAGUUCAGGAGGUAAUGAAAGCACGAAUAUAAAUGUGCAUCGUCAUGAAUAUUUUGGCACAAAUUUUGGCGAUAGUUUCAUGAAGUUGCUGGUGCUUCUAACAACAGCCAACAAUCCUGACGGUAUUGUACCUUACAUUGUUUUGUAUCUGUAUGGUUCUAUCAGUUCUAAACUUUUCUUCGUAGAGGUCCAGCAAGAGUCAUUUCUUAUUGAUCCAGUGUUACUACCGGAGGAAACCUAAAAUAAAAUAACUUUAUCUAUUCUGGAUAGCUCUAAAUCAGUUCUAAACUAUUCGUCCUGUAGAGGUCCAGUAAACAUCAUCUCUUAUUGACCCCGUGUUACUACAAGAGGAAUCCUAAACUAAACUAACUUUAUUUAUACUGGAUAGUUCUAUCAGUUCUAAACUUUUCUUCCUAGAGGUCCAGUAAACAUCAUCUCUUAUUGACCCCGUGUUACUACAGGAGGAAACCUAAACUAAACUAACUUUAUUUAUACUGGAUAGUUCUAUCAGUUCUAAACUUUUCUUCCUAGAGGUCCAGUAAGAGUCAUUUCUUAUUGAUCCAGUGUUACUACCGGAGGAAACCUAAACUAAACUAACUUUAUCUAUUCUGGAUAGCUCUAAAUCAGUUCUAAACUAUUCGUCCUGUAGAGGUCCAGUAAACAUCAUCUCUUAUUGACCCCGUGUUACUACAAGAGGAAUCCUAAACUAAACUAACUUUAUUUAUACUGGAUAGUUCUAUCAGUUCUAAACUUUUCUUCCUAGAGGUCCAGUAAGAGUCAUCUCUUAUUGAUCCAGUGUUACUACAGGAGGAAAUCUAAACUAAACUAACUUUAUCUAUUCUGGAUAGCUCUAUCAGUUCUAAACUGUUCGUUCGUCCUAUAGAGGUCCAGUACAGAUCAUCUCUUAUUGAUCCAGUGUUACUACAGGAGGAAAUCUAAACUAAACUAACUUUAUUUAUACUGGAUAGCUCUAUCAGUUCUAAACUAUUCUCUGUAUAUAGAAGUCUAGUAAGUGUCAUCUCUUAUUGAUCUAGUGUUACUUCAGGAGGAAACCAAAAACUAACUAAACUAACUUUACUUAUAAUGGAUAACUCUAUAAUAUUUUCCCUUUAGUAAUGAUGCCUGCGUAUAAAAACAACAGACUGUAUGCUGUGUAUUUCAUUAUUUUCACCUUUAUUGGUAAGUCAAAUAUCAGCAAUUUUGUGGAAAAUACCAUCCGUUAGGUCAAAUCUUCUCAACGUUGAAACUUUAUUCAUUUUCACAGGACUAUACUGUUUCAUGAAUCUUCUACUAGCGGUUGUGUACUCGCAGUUUCAAGGCUAUUUGAAGGUACUGGAAGUUAUGGAACAUAUAGAUAAAUCCACUAAAUAAUACUAGAUUAGUUUGUGUCAGUGUUAAACUGUUCUCCUUAGAUGUUCAGUGAGGGUUAUCUCUGACGUCGGUUCAAUGGUUUCUCUUGGGAGAAACCUCUGUCAAACUGCGCACUGGAAGCACUUUUCGCACAUGUGACUGAGGUGGAAUUAUAAUCAGGCAAGAGCAUAUUAAACAGGGUUCGUAGCGAUCUUUGAAAUCCUUGAAAGUCUUUAAAUUUGAAUGCAGGUCUUUGAAAAGUCUUUGGAUUGUGUGAAAAAGCGAAGAAAGUUUUUAAAAGUCUUUAAAUUCUUUAGUGAGUAUUUCAUUAUACGAUUUCCUAGCUAAUAGAAUAGAUUGAUUGAAGCAAGAUUUUCGCAAAUAUCGACGAAAAUUCUCAGCUCAUUGCUCUCAAAGGUCUUUGAAAAGUCUUUGACAAUAGGCAGAAAAAAUCUUUGAAAGUCUUUGAAUAUUUUUGGUCUUGGAGACUACGAACCCUGUUAAAGAAAUCGAGUCACGGAGUUAAGAUGCGCACCACACCUUGAUUUGCAGUAUCAAAGUUUCAGUGAUCACAGUAGGAAUUUUGCACAGGUAAAUGCUAAGUUUUGAAGGAUUUGCAAGAAAGGUUUGAGGGAACUAACUUAGUGUUUAACACUCCAUCAAAACUUUGAAUUUAUCUUUAUGCAAAAUUCCUACUGUGAUCACAGAAACGUUCAUUGAUAGUGCAAAGCUUAACCACUGGACCUCAUUUUCAGAACUCGUUACAAUCGAGCUAUUUUCGUUUGCGAACUGGAGUCCGUGCUGCCUUUGAAGUAUUGAGAGAACGAGCCUUUGACCAGGCCGCCAGUUCUUCGAUGGAUAAUAGGUAUGGUCCACUGAGCUAUGAUUAGGUCCUACCUCGAUCUACAGUAGUAUAGUUGUCUGGUGUAAAUAACUAAAAUAAGGCGUAAGUCUAGACUUGCCCAAGUCGCUCGCUAGGGACCGCGCGUAGCAAGAAGGGAGCGCUUGAGAAAGACGGAAGCGAGCGACUUGUGUCACUUGCCUGAUUUUGAAUCUUACUGAAAAAUUUGGCGCGAAAAUCAAUUAUGACAUAGUGGGCGUUCACCAUGUCGAUUUCACUAGUUCAUUAUUGUUUUGGCGUCGUUAGUACAGAAUAUUGUUGAUAUUAUCAGACUUGUUGCUAGGUUGUUCCAACAAGUCCGAUACAGUCGUGAUAUAACAAUAUUGUUACAACCUUGUGUCGUCAACCUUGUAACAUCCGUGUUAUAUCAUGACUGUAUCAGACUUGUUAGAACAACCUUGUAAGAAGUCUGAUAAUGCCAUCAAACUUGUUACAAGUUUUUAACAGCUUGUACCAAACUUGUUACAACAACUGGGAACAAGCAGUGCGAACACAACUUGUCGACAGCUUGUCAACAGAUUUGUAACAACUUGUUUGCAGACUUGUAACAACUUGUGCGUUUCUACGUGUGUAGUUUUAACCGCGUGAUGGAAUUGUUAUCUAAGAUAAUUCAUAUAAAAUUUCACUUGCAUUCUGCUGUAGUACUGUAUCGACCUUGCUCACCCGACGGUUGAUUCAGAGAGUUGACUUUGGACGCAAAAACAUCGACGUUAUUUGGGAUGUAAGUAUCGUUUGGUCAGCAUAAUUUUGUAUAUUUUUUUCGAAAUAUCACAUAUUCGAACCGACCUGACCGCGUAGCUCAGUUGGCAGAGCAUCGGGCUAGUAUUCCAAAGGUCGUAGGUUCGAUUCCCACCGUGGUCAGGCAUAUUUUUCAAGCUUGCCCAGAGUGGAUAUACACUCAGAGUAACAUCACAAGCAUCUUAUUCACCUGAGUACAUUACACCAACACAGAAAAAAAUUUGUGCUGUUAACUUCAGUUCGGAAAAAUUAACAUUUUAAUGAUCGACAGUAUUAUUUAUUAUUAUCAGAUUUUAGAUCGUAAUCGCCGUGGUCAACUGACAGCCAAACAAUUCCAGGAUUUAUUUGAUUCAGUUUCAAGACAACAAACGGUUCAGGUCAGUGACAAUUUCCAAGAAAAAUAUCUAUGAGAGCUUCAUUUCUAAGAAUAUCUCCAACUCCACGGUCAAGGCCGGAUUUUGCUGGAAUUAGUGGAGGAGAUGGAAAACAAUUUAGGGGAGGUGCAGUGGUCUAGCUCACGACCCCCAUGGAAAGUUAGGGCUUAGAACGGGCCAAAGUGAACGACGUGACGUAUGCAUGUAAUGUACAUAUGUAUCAGUGUAUUAAUGAAUUACGACUGUGCAACGCAUCCAAUUUUGCCCUUCAUUACAAUACUACAAAGUUUCUUUCAAAACAUUGCAUUAAAAUGGUACUUCACACAGAGAUAGUGUAUUGUAGUAUAGUGUCUAAAGUAGUAUAGUGUCUACAGUAGUAUAGUGUCUAUUGUAGUAUAGUGUCUAUUGUAGUAUAGUGUCUAUUGUAGUAUAGUGUCUAUAGUGGUAUAGUGUCUAUAGUGGUAUAGUGUUUACAGUAGUAUAGUGUAUUGUAGUAUAGUGUCUAUAGUAGUAUGUCUACAGUAAUAUUGUAGUAUACUAUACCUCUAAUAGAACCAUUUCUCUCUAGCACCCUCCUCUCAGUCGCUGUACAAACCACUACCUUCGCCUACUGCAGAAAAUGGUUGUACAUGACUUUUUCAAUUAUUUUGGUCUCUUACUUGUCGCAAUCAAUGUUGUUAUAAUAUCAGUGAGUAUAUUUUAACUAGACUAAAUUAACUUUAUUUACUGGAUAGCUCUAUCAGUCCUAAACUGUUCUUCCUAGAGGUCCAGCAAGGAUUAUCUCUUAUUGAUUCAGUGUUACUACAGGAGGAAACCUAAACUAAACAACCUUCGUUUAUACUGGACAGCUCUAUCAGUUCUAAACUGUUCUCUCUAGAGGUCCAGUAAGGAUCAUCUCUUAUUGAUCCAGUGUUACUACAGGAGGAAACCUAAACUAAACUAACUUUAUUUAUACUGGAUAGCUCUAUCAGUUCUAAACUGUUCUUCCUAGAGGACCAGUAAGGAUCAUCUCUUAUUGAUCCAGUGUUACUACAGGAGCAAACCUAAACUAAACUAACUUUAUUUAUACCGGAUAGCUCUAUCAGUUCUAAACUGUUCUUCCUAGAGGUCCAGUAAGGAUCAUCUCUUAUUGAUCCAGUGUUACUACAGGAGGAAACCUAAACUAAACUAACUUUAUUUUUACUGGAUAGCUCUAUAAGUUCUAAACUGUUCUUCCUGGAGGUCCAGUAAGGAUCAUUCUUAUUGAUCCAGUGUUAAUACAGGAGGAAACCUAAACUAAACUAACUUUAUUUGUACUGGAUAGCUCUAUCAGUUCUAAACUGUUCUCCCUAGAUGUCCAAUAAGGAUGUCCAGUAAAGAUCAUCUCUUAUUCAUCCAGUUUUUCAAGUAAUAAUUGAAGAAUCGUUUUGUGAAAGACACUUGCCAUAAUCAUUUCUGUAUUUCAAGGUGGAGCUAUCAAGACAUUUUGAUAAGAACACGUUUUAUGUUCACUCCACCCUGGCUGUAAGUAUUGUAUGGAUUAUCAUAAUGCUUCUGCAAUUAUUAUAGAAAAUUAAGAGUAUUCAAUCUUUUCUACAGGCUGUUGACUUCUUUUUCAUAGUCUAUUACUUUUUGGAACAGGUAGGGCAUCCCAAAAAUUCCAUCUGAGGAUAUAGUAGCACUUUAAGUGAAAAAAUAAUUUGAUCAUCUCUCCGGUUGUUCUUUGCAGUGUCUUAAAAUCUGGGCAAUUGGUUGGCAACGUUAUAUAACACAUAAGGUAUAUGUGCUGCUAGGAUGUUUGGACAGCUAUUGGAACUUGACAGUUUGACCCUCAAUUUUUACUGAUGUUUUACUGAAACUUUGUUUAUAGCAAAAUAUAUUUGAUGGUGUCAUAACAUUAGCGUUAGUGGUAAGUGAAUUACAGUAUUUGUUUGCAAUGUACGAAACAAUCUUCAGAUAAAAGUUCCAUCUUGAAACUCUUAGAGAAAAAUUUAUAAAAAUUAAAGGUCUUAAUAGAGAAUAUAAUCUUCGAAGUAAUGAUACUGAUCUAGCACUUCCAAAACCUAAAACAAACUUAUCUUAAACGAAGUUUUAAGUAUAGUGGUGCAAUGCUGUGGAAUAGUUUUCCUUCUGAGGCGAAAAAGGCAUCCUCGCUUUACCAAUUUAAGCGCAGUAUGCCCACUAUACCGGAGACUAGGACGUGAGUUAAGAUAGUUUGUAAGUAUAACACGCCCCAUCUGAAAAUCAAUUCAUUGUAUUUUUACAAAUAUGUUGUGUAUGGCCAGCGUGGUUAAGUUUGUUGUAAGUUUACUUGAUUUAUAUAUGGGUCUAAUCGUUUUAUAGGUCACUCAAAUUGUUGAUAUUUCGAUGUAUGGCUCGCCAUUGGAGAC